CUUCAAAAAAGAGACAUGGUUCUUACAGAAAGGGAGAAAAACUGAUCGCACAAAAUGCUACUUCUCUUUUUCUUCUCAACUAUUCAUUGUAUCUCCCUUGACCAUGCCGUACUACUAUCACGAACCUGAAGUCAUAUUCCCUUCUGCCAGCAUUGAUCCUUAUAGCAAGAUCGCAUCCGAUAUUGAUUGGGUUCGAGAGGACUAUUACCAUACGGUUGUAGGUAAAAUUAUGACCACUUCGGCAAGUGAACAAACAUUUGCCGCCUACAUGCAUUCCAACCAGCGACGGUACCGGGAGGCAUUAGACAUCGGUACCAGAUGGAAUAGCUCGUACGACCGCUAUAAUACCAUGCUGCGAUACCAACAACAGUGUGAAGAACGACAACGGCGGCUUCAUCAUAGGGCAACACGAGCCUUGCAGGAUGCGGUGCGGGCGGAGCGUAUAAGGCGAUCGACUCUAGUGGGUAUCUGCAAUGAGUUGCGCACACACCCUGAAGAACCGGCUGUUGAACAGCAAGAAACGGAGCAGACUGCGUCUUCAUCAGAAGGCGGCGCCGUGACAUGCGUGCCUGAAGAUACCCACACCGACGACAGUGCAUCUGCUAACGAAAAAGUGGAUCAUAAAAAACAAACACAAAAACCACGCCUACUAUCCGUCCUGAAAAGAGUAACUAGAAAUAUGACAAAAACAAUUAGGGAUUCCUGUUGCUGGCACCCAGUCCUCUGAUCACGGCUUUCUUUUUUUAUCAACCCACGCACGCAAAAAAACCAUGUACAUACAUACCUGCCUUGUUUCACUUCUGUUAUUGAUUUCGUUUUUGUUU